AUGAGCCUCCCAUACAACACGGUGCCAAAGACACCAUACAAAGGAUCCAAGCUGGAUAUUCCUCGAUUAGCUGUGAACGAUGCGACCACCGACUUCUCCAUCAUCUGCAAAAACGGCCCUCUGAGAGCACACAAGGCUAUUCUUGUGGCAGCUUGUCCUUACUUCGAGCACAUGUUCCGCUUUGUCAAAGAGGAAGUGCAGAGCGGGAAACUUGAGAUCAAGGAUGUGAGGCGAGACAUCAUGAAGCGCGCCUUGACCUUCAUGUAUACCGGUCAAUACACUCUUCCAGCUGGCGACAUCGUUCCAUCGACUGGCUACUGCGGCCACUGGCAUGACGGUCUUGUCAAGGACUCAGCGAACAUGGCGCGCCUCUUCAAGCGCAAAUGUCCUCGCGCAGGCUUGACCCUGUCGCCGUCACAUCUACUUCCCCAUAUCGAAAUUUAUGGACUAGCGGACUACCUCGACAUGGAAAACAUGAAGAAUUAUGCUCAAAAAAAGGUCGAGGAAGUGCUGCACGUGCACUGGAGCGAUGCUGGCUUGGGCUUUACUGAAGCUCUGGACCUUGCCUUCAGCGACACAAUGGACAGCGACGGCGGCAUUCGAAAGAUCCUGAUCAACGCAUUGACUGCGCAUAUCGGCUUGUGGGUGGACGAAGGCGAGGUGCGACACUGGCUCGAGGACAAUCCCAACGUCAUGGCCGAAGUCGAGGCUGGAGAAGACAAGGAACCAUAUGUCCUCAAAUAUGGCAACAGAUCAACAAACAUGAUAUAA